GUGAUUGAGACUUGUAAACAAACCUGAUGCAACGGAGGCCAAUGCUCCUACUGAAAAGACGCACGCUUUUCGAUGUGGCAUUCACACACAGAAAAAUACAUAGCAAAAGUACCCGGAGCAAUAUGACGGAUAUUGACAGUGUCAGACAGAAUUGGCAGGAUGUCAACAGACAGAUGAGUGUGUCUGGAAUUGUCGCGGACAGGUGGUGGAGUGUUAUACAGGGGCUGUACAGCGCUCCAGUACGACAUUACCACACACUACAACACUUACGUGAAAUGUUUCAGCACUUCAGAUUUGCCGGAGAUCAUUUCACAUUCUCCAGUCCACACCUGGUUACCCUAGCAGUCUUCUUUCACGAUAUUAUAUAUGAACCAAAGAAACCGGACAACGAAGAAAGAAGUGCGGACAAAUUUGAAGAGUAUGCUGCAGAAGUCAAUGUUCUGUCUGAUGCGGACUGUAAGAAGGUGAAGGACUGGAUAAUGCUCACGAAAAGUCACUCAGCAGGGACGGGAGAUAACUCUGGCGAUGAACAUUACUUCUUAGAUAUGGACAUGGCGGUAUUGGGAAGGCCGGAUGCAGAAUAUGACCAAUACGCAUCCCAAAUACGGGCAGAAUAUAUCCACGUUCCAGAAGAAUUGUACAGGUCAAAGAGAGCCCAGAUAUUGGAAGACUUUUUCACAAGACUACCUUUAUUCAGUACCAGACUAUUUCAGAAACAAUUUGAAGAACAAGCGAAGGCAAAUUUGAAACGGGAGAUUGCGAGACUUCGUGACAACUCGAUUCCACUGUGAACCAAGAUAUUUGUAAUUAACAAACAACACGAUUAAAACAAAAUAACAACUUUAAUAAUAUUACAAUAUUUUGGCAGGAAUUGUACUCCAAGCAUGGACGGUGAUCUUGUGGAAACAUUUAUACAUUUAAAAAGUGAAUCAUUUUCACUUAUACUAGUGCAAUAUAUAUACAUGUUUAUCUUUCUAACAAUGUGUUAAACAGUUUUCAAGCAUGGCGAUUAAUUCAUUGUAUAUGAUGGCAUCGUCCAUUCCCAUAACUGUUAUCUGAAAAUAUAUUAGUUUUAUAAAUAUAUUUAUACCACAUAAUUUAUUGUUUUAUACAUUUUUACAAAAUAUAUGUAUAUGUAGACUGAAAGUACGAUUUGAGUUAUUUCAAUAUUGUACAUGACCCAGUUAUCAGAAAAUGAAUUCAAAGUAUUGUAUUCUGUGAGUUGUUUCUUUGUAUUAUAGCCUAUGAUAUGUUAAAUAAAAUUGAAUAUUUAA